AUAUCAAUAUAGAUUAAUGUUGUUGCAAUGGCGCCAUUCACCACCGUCACACCGCCCACCGUCACCUGCUACCUCUCUCCUACAUGAUGUCUUUCAUUUCACUCACCUCUCUCACUCUCUAAUUCAUUCUCUUUCUUUUCUCCCAUUUUCAUCAAUUCUCCAACAAAAAUGAGAAAAUGCACUGUGCAGGCGUUGGGACUCGCUAUUGCCUUCUUCCUUUUACUCAUCCUCCUAACCCCAUCCAUUCCUCAGCCUCAGCGAUACCAUGACUUCGCUGACAAGCGCGAAUUCUUUGGCAUUCCCAAUGCACUUAACGUGAUAUCAAAUUUCCUAUUCAUGGUUAUUGGUCUCAUUGGCCUUGUGCUUUGCCACCGUAUGAACUAUUUUAACAUCAGCAUCAGUUUGCAAGGUGAACUAUGGGGUUGGACAUGCUUCUAUGUUGCUGUGACUUCAGUUGCUUUUGGGUCUUCAUACUAUCAUUUUGGCCCAAAUGAUGCAGGACUUGUGUGGGACAGGUUGCCGAUGUCUGUUGCUUUCGCGUCUCUGUUGGCAAUCCUUGUCAUUGAAAGGAUUGAUGCAAAGAAGGGAACAAUUUCAAUUGUCUCUCUAAUUAUGGCGGGCAUAAUGAGCAAUGUGUAUUGGAGGUUCUUUGGUGACAUCCGUUUAUAUGUUCUGGCCCAAGGUGCAUCAUGCAUUGCCAUACCUCUCAUGGCUACUUUAUUGCCUCCAAUGUACACGCAUUCAGCAUAUUGGCUCUGGGCUUCAGGAUUUUAUGUUCUAGCUAUGCUGCAAGAGGCCGCCGAUAGAGUGAUUUAUUUACUGACGUUUCACAUUGUCAGUGGUCACACACUUAAGCAUUUGUCUGCUGCAAUGGUUCCUAUCAUCCUAACAGUCAUGCUUGCAAAGAGAAGUGUUUACUCGGAGAAGCUUUUGCAUGCAAAGUCUGCUUAACACGUAAAGCAUUUCCCUGAUUAUGAUCAAAGAAGGCAUUUGAGUUGUGGAAUGAUCUCAGCAAUGUCAUCCUUUCUCUCCCACUGAAGAGAAAAUAGAAAGCUUAAGCUGCUUAGUGGUGCAUGGAGCAUAAGUAGUUUGUUAAAUAUUUAUGUUUAUAAACUUUUGUGCUUUAAGUUGUACUAAAAAAAAAAAGAAGGUACGUGGAUGGAACUAAUCACACCCUAUCAAUUGUUAUACAGUAACAUUCACCUUAAUUAGCUUCUUGUUUAUACAGUCCUGUCCCGAUCUUCAAUUUAUAGCCAGUAUUAAAAUAGAAGAGGUAGUCCAAGUAGAUGAAGAAUGGAAUCUUGACUCAUUCAGUCACUGUUCUCUGAUUUGUAUGGAAGAACCUUUCUCUGAUUUGUAUGGAAGAACCUUUGUCUGGCAAAUAUUUAAGGUAAAAUGUGAUUUUUGUUUUU